AUGGGGUCUGUGGGCAUCGUGGCUGCUCUGCUCUGCUGCUGCCUGCUGGGCUCUGCCCAGGCUUUGGUGGACCCUGACGACGUUCUUACUAAGGAAGAGCAGAUUUACCUCCUGGUGGAAGCCAGAGAAAAAUGUCAGAGAGACAUCAGAGCUCAGCUGGAGAAGGUCAAAGACACCAACUGCCUCCCAGAAUGGGAUGGAAUCAUUUGCUGGCCCAAAGGCUCUCCCAGCCAGGAGGUGGCUGUGCCCUGCCCUGAUUACAUCUAUGACUUCAACCAUAAAGGCCGUGCCUACAGGUACUGCAGUGCCUACGGGACCUGGGAAGUGACCCUCAGCCUCAACAGGACCUGGGCCAAUUACACAGAAUGCGCCGUGCUCUUCUCCUCCGAGAGCCGGAGCCGUGAGAAGGAGGUGUUUGACCGCCUGCACUUGAUGUACACCACUGGCUACUCCAUCUCCUUGGCCUCCCUCAUUGUGGCCGUCUGCAUCCUCUCCUACUUCAAGCGCCUGCACUGCACUCGCAACUACAUCCACAUGCACCUCUUCGCCUCCUUCAUCUGCCGGGCAGCGAGCAUCUUCCUGAAGGACGCCGUGCUCUACUCAGCCAUGAUGGGCAGCGAGGCGAAGCUGAGGGAGGAGGACCUGGGGGCAGAGCUGAGCCCCCCGCCGGGCCAACGCAGCCACCUGGUUGGCUGCAAGGUGGUGGUGACGCUCUUCCUCUACUUCCUGGCCACCAACCACUACUGGAUCCUGGUGGAAGGUCUCUACCUGCACAGCCUGAUCUUCAUGGCCUUCCUCUCCAACAAGAACUACCUGUGGGUCCUCAUCAUCAUCGGCUGGGGUCUCCCCGCUGUGUUUGUGUCCAUCUGGGCCAGCGUCAGGGCCUCCCUGGCAGACACAGAGUGCUGGGACCUCAGUGCAGGGAACAUGAAGUGGAUUUACCAGGUCCCCAUCUUUGCUGCUGUGGUGGUGAACUUUUUCCUCUUCCUCAACAUCGUGCGGGUGCUGGCCUCCAAACUGUGGGAGACGAACACAGGGAAGCUGGACCCCCGGCAGCAGUACAGGCGACUGCUGAAGUCCACGCUGGUGCUGAUGCCGCUUUUUGGGGUGCACUACGUGGUGUUCAUGGCCAUGCCCUACACUGAAGUCUCGGGGGUCCUGUGGCAGAUCCAGAUGCAUUACGAGAUGCUCUUCAACUCCUCUCAGGGUUUCUUUGUGGCUUUUAUCUACUGCUUUUGCAAUGGGGAGGUGCAGGCAGAGAUUAAAAAAGCCCGUUUUCGGAGAAGCCUGGCGCUGGACUUCAAGCAGAAGGCGCGUGCCAGCAGCGCAGCAGGGAGCUGCUGUUAUGCUGGGCUGAUGUCCCACGGCACCACGAGCUUCAGCGUGAGCCUGGCAGGGCGAGGGCCGGGGGGCACACAGCCCCGGGGGCUGCUUCUCCCUGCCCGCAGCAGCCUGCCAGGCUACACCCCCAGCUCCUGUGCUGCAGAGCUUUUGUCUCAUCUGACGCAGGAGAUGAGCCAGAAAACCUGCGGGGAAAACAGCUUGGGCUUAAAGGACCUGGAUGAGAAUCACCCGAAUCUGAACAGAGAGCUGGAGACGAUGCUGUGAAGUUAACGCCGCAUCUCCCAGCUGCACCGGUCUUUGUGUUUGGGGCAACUUUUGUGCUUGCAUGGAGAGCUGGGGCAGGAGAUAGCAGCUGAAUCAACUCGUUGCCUUUUUCCUCACAGCCAGCGUGCUGAGGAACCAUGCGCUCCUGCUCCCUCUUGUACCUGCCUGGCCUAAAACCGAGCAGCAGUUCAAAACUUCAUUUCCUUCCACGUGCAGGUGAUGGUGUAAGUGAUGUCUGCAUGCAAAGCCUUGAAUCAUCACAGGAAACAGACCUCCAGGCUCAGUGCCUCAUUGUGAUGGUCUGGAAAGUGACUUCAGCUCCAGUGCAUUCAAAAUCGAGCCAAUGAGAUUGAACCCUUUAAGUCCGACUCCCUGUUCAGCACCCAAUUCCUGCUGUACAGCAUGAGAGGGGCAGAGCAGCUCACCCCCCCCUCACCCACAUCCCCGUGCCCAUGGAUGGGUGCAGCGAUCGCUCACAGGAGGACAGUUGAUGGUGUGAAGGGCUGGAAGCCCAGCCAGCAUCACAGCCCCCAGCUCUGCCCUCCCUGCUCGUUCCUGGGGCACAGCUCCCUGCUGCCCCCCCUGUGAGGCAAUGCUCACUGCUGGGAAAACACUCCUGGGAAUACAGAGAGAUGGGUGGGAGAGAGAAUUACAGCACUGUUGGGAGCGGGGAUGUACUUGUUCCAAUGUAAUUUCAUAAUAAAGAUAGCGACAGAGAGCAUGUGAGUAACUGCGUGUGCAUUCAUAGACCUUUCCAGGGAAAAGCUUAGAUGUAAAGAGUCACAAGGAUUAGGAAUCACUGGGGGGGGCAGCAGCCAGGGGCCGUGAUGGCACAGAGGGGCAGCGGGUCUUGAAGGUGGCACAUCUUCAUCACCUCCCGCUCUUCUUGCUCCACUGCUGAGCACAGGGCAGGGGGUGCUGGAGCAGCAGGAUUGUGCUUUACAGGCAAACCUGAGCUUCUUGCAGUUGAUCUGCUCAGCUGAUUUGUGCUCCUGACUCUUCAGAAGGAAGCGCAGCCUGCCACUGCAAGGAGAGAGGCUCUUUUUCAGGGUAGCUGGCACGCAGCUCACACUGCUACCUUGUUCUGUGGAAGAGGGAUCAGCCCUGCUACCCAUCCAACACGGACCUGUGAGCUGACAUUUAUAGCUCUCUGCCACGGGUCAAUAUUGACUCGGCCAAGUCUCCAGGGGCUCCUGGCAGCUGAGAGAGGGGUGAGGAAUUUCAGUAAUCCUAUCAAAACAGCAGAGGGAUGCAUUUAAAACAAGGGCAGACAGCACAGCUCCAGCCAGGCCAGCUCCCAGAGGCAGCAACGUGAAACCAAGGGGGCAGGGAGCAGCUUCAGGUUAUUGAGCCAUCUUUUGGUUUUAGAACUCAGAUCUUUAACUGUGAUAAACAGGGAGUGUGAUAAGGGGAAUCCACAAAGGCUCCUGAGCUCUGCCACAGGAGAUCAUCCUCAUCUUAAUACUGACUACUAAACAAACUCUGCUGUCUCGCAGAGUUCAAACCAGUGCAAAAAGCGAUGGGACAACUCAAGUGGAAGCUGUUCCACAAACUGUAUCAGAGCUGUUUGUGAGGGGGCCUGAAGAGGCAAACUUGAAGUGAAUUGAGGACAUUUGCAAUGCUGGGCACAUCACCAGCAUUGCCAAGUUCUCUUUCCAGCCCCAGGACUCUGAAAGGUUGGGAUAAGCAGUGAGCCCUGCACUUCUCCACUUCAAAAUAGGAGAACCCAAACCCCAGAAGGCUCUGGAGCUCAAAUAUGGUUCUCAAACCUGUUUGAGGUAAAAGACGGCGAGAAAAAGCAUGGGAUUAUUUUCUCACCUGCUUGUGGUGAAAGAAAGGGCUGCAGUCAGAUCUCCAACAGGGCAGAUCUCCAUCCCAGUGCCAGCAGAGCCCGAGGAGAAGCAGAGAAUGAAAAGCACGUGCCAGGUGUUUUGUCUCGGUAAUAAAACAUUUACUAAAGCAAGCAGAAAGCAAACGCACAGCGGAUAAAGAAAACUUCACAACGUCACAAAAACCUGACAGGUUCUGAUACUUCUGUGAGCAGAAACAAGACAGAGGUGAGCGCUGACGUGUUUCAACACCAGAGCUCCUCCUCACCUUCAUGGCGCAAACAAAAAAAGGAGUUAAAAAACAGGUAAUGCACACAAUGAGUUAAAAACGGGCAAGCAAGAUUUUACACUUUUAACUGCACGUGUCCAACGUGGGAUCUCUGAGCUGUUCCACUCCAUCAGUCGCUUUUCAGGUUCUCCCUACAGGCUUCUGAGCAGCAGGUCCCUGAAUUUCGGAAUGAAGGCCCUUCACUGAGCUUCAUUUCAUGGGGGCACCAGACUCUGAUUGCUGGGAGCAGAUCUGCAUUUCUUUCUUCUCUUCCCUUUGUUUUUACCUUGAAGAAAGCCAUCAGCCCUCUCAUAACAGAGGCACAGCACAGACAUGUUUGCUAUGCAGGCUUCCACCCAAAUGAAGGCUAUUGGGAAAACAAGAGGUUCUUUACAAGGAAAAAAGGACACCUGGGCAAUAGGAUUGCUGUACUGAGCACAAAGCAGGGAUUCCACCCCUACUUGUGAAGUCAUGGUUAAUUGGGCUGGAGAAGGAUGCCUUCAACAGCUUCCAUAAGGAAAGAAAACUCAACUUGUUCCAUCCCACCUAAAGCAAGGA